GAUGACACUGGGAAGGCAGGGGCAGCAAGGAAACAGCUUCUUCAAGGGGAGAUCUGCCCUUGGUUUUCUGUGUCUCAGGUCUUCCUUCUUAUCUGUCCUUUUGGGGUUUGUUUUGUCCUUCCAGAUGUUGACGAGUGCGCAGAAGCCACGGAUGACUGUCACAUCGAUGCAAUUUGUCAAAACACACCAAAAUCCUACAAAUGCAUCUGCAAGCCGGGCUAUAAAGGGGAAGGGAAGCAGUGUGAAGAUAUCGAUGAGUGUGAAAACGACUUCUACAAUGGGGGUUGUGUCCAUGAGUGUAUCAACAUUCCAGGCAACUACAGGUGUACAUGCUACGAUGGGUUCAUGUUAGCCCAUGAUGGCCACAACUGUCUUGAUGUUGAUGAGUGUCUGGAUAACAAUGGAGGGUGCCAGCAGAUUUGUGUAAAUACUAUGGGCAGCUACGAAUGUCAGUGCAAAGAGGGCUUUUUUCUGAGUGAUAACCAGCAUACCUGCAUUCAUCGCUCCAUUGAGGGUAUGAACUGUAUGAACAAAGAUCAUGGGUGUGCACACAUCUGCCGGGAGACACCCAAAGGUGGGGUUGCCUGUGAAUGUAGGCCUGGCUUUGAACUUGCCAAAAACCAGAAGGACUGCAAAUUAACCUGUAACUAUGGGAAUGGAGGCUGCCAACACACCUGUGAUGACACAGAUACUGGUCCUGUGUGUGGUUGUCAUCAGAAGUAUGCCCUACAUUCAGAUGGCCGAACCUGCAUUGAGAAGGAUGAGGCUGCAAUUGAGAGUUCUGAGUACAAUGCCACGUCAGUAGCUGAUGUGGACAAGCGGGUGAAACGGCGGCUACUUAUGGAAACAUGUGCUGUCAAUAACGGAGGCUGUGAUCGGACUUGCAAGGAUACCGCGACAGGGGUACGAUGCAGUUGCCCAGUUGGAUUUACCCUGCAGCCUGAUGGGAAAACGUGCAAAGAUAUUGAUGAGUGCUUGGUAAACAAUGGUGGCUGUGACCAUUUCUGCCGAAACACAGUUGGCAGCUUUGAGUGCAGCUGCCAGAAAGGCUAUAAACUGCUUACAGAUGAACGGACCUGCCAAGAUAUAGAUGAGUGUUCCUUUGAACGGACCUGUGAUCACACCUGUAUCAACUACCCUGGAAGCUUUGAGUGUCUCUGCCAUAAAGGCUACACCUUGUAUGGACUGACACACUGUGGAGACAUUGACGAAUGCAGCAUCAGCAAUGGUAGCUGUGACUAUGGGUGUCUUAAUACCAUGGGGAGCUAUGAGUGUGUCUGUCCACCUGGAAAGAAACUGCACUGGAAUAAAAAGGACUGUGUUGAGAUGGUGAAAUGUCUCCCAAAUGCCAAACCAGCUCCCAAGGCUCAGCUAGUGUGUAGUAAAACAGGAGGCAUAGAGAGCUGCUUCCUGUCAUGCCCAUCCAAUACUCUUUUUGUUCCAGAUUCAGAGAACAGCUACACACUGAGCUGUGGUGUUCCCAUCCAUCAGGGCAAGGCUCAGCCCAAGCGCAACGCGACCCUGCCCAGCUGUGCAGAUUCAUUAGCCCCUCCAAUCAAGCAGAAAGCUCGUUUUAAAAUUAAAGAUGCCAAGUGCCAUUUACGGCCUCGCAGCAAAGAGAAAACAAGAGAUUCUGGGAAGCAAGCUGUGUCAGGAGGUCAAUUCCCUUGUACAGACAACUGCCAGGUGACCUUUGUGAAUCUCAAGUGUGACUCCUCCAAGAAAAAACGCCGAGGCCGCAAGUCACCAUCAAAAGAAGUAUCUCAUAUCACUGCUGAGUUUGAAGUGGAGAUGAAGUCAGAAGAAGUCUCAGACACCUGUAACAUUGACUGUGUUCGGAAAAGGAUGGAGCAGAAGCUGCAAACUGCAAUCAAAACAUUGAGGAAAUCUAUUAAUAAACAGCAAUUUUACAUUCAGUUUUCUGGGACAGAAUAUGAAGUGGCUCAGAAGCCAGCUAAAGCUACUGAAGGGCACGAAGCUUGCAGUACAGGGCAAGUACUGCAGGAUGGCAAAUGUGUUACCUGCAGCAUGGGCACCUUUUAUAGCGGAGAACAUAAUCAGUGCAUUCCUUGCUCACCAGGAACAUACCAAGACACAGAAGGUCAACUUACCUGUGAACCUUGCCCAAGUAACGAUGGACAGGGAGUAGCAGGAGCCCGGAAUGUGUCAGAAUGUGGAGGGCAGUGUUCUCCUGGGCACUACUCGUCAGAUGGUUUUAAACCUUGUACAGUCUGUCCUCUUGGCACGUACCAGCCUGAACCAGGAAGGACCCUCUGCUUUCCCUGUGGUGGUGGGCUCGUCACCAAAUAUGAAGGUGCCGUUUCCUUUCAAGACUGUGAAACCAAAGUUCAUUGUUCUCCUGGACACUACUACAACUCCACAACACACAGAUGCAUCCGAUGCCCUGUGGGAACAUACCAGCCUGAGUUUGGUCAAAACUACUGCAUCACCUGCCCUGGGAACACAAGUACAGAUUUUGAUGGCUCCACUAAUGUUACACACUGCAAAAACCAGCACUGUGGGGGAGAACUUGGGGACUAUACUGGCUACAUUGAAUCGCCCAACUAUCCUGGAGACUACCCAGCUAAUGUCGAAUGCAUUUGGAAUAUAAAUCCACCCCCAAAGAGAAGAAUACUCAUUGUAGUACCUGAGAUAUUUCUCCCAAUUGAAGAUGAAUGUGGUGAUGUUUUAGUAAUGAGAAAAAGUGCUUCUCCUACUUCAAUUACUACAUAUGAAACAUGUCAGACUUAUGAGAGACCUAUUGCAUUUACCUCAAGAUCAAGGAAGCUCUGGAUUCAGUUCAAGUCAAAUGAAGGAAACAGUGGCAAAGGAUUUCAAGUCCCCUAUGUGACUUAUGACGAGGAUUACCAACAGCUAAUAGAAGACAUUGUUCGAGAUGGAAGAUUAUAUGCAUCAGAAAAUCAUCAAGAAAUUCUAAAGGACAAGAAAUUGAUUAAAGCUCUCUUUGAUGUACUGGCACACCCACAAAACUAUUUCAAGUACACAGCACAAGAGUCAAAAGAGAUGUUUCCAAGAUCAUUUAUAAAGCUACUACGAUCAAAAGUUUCCAGAUUUCUACGACCAUACAAGUAGUCUAGUGGUAUUCAAUUUUUGGUUACUUUGCAUUCCUGUCAAGUAUUGUCUUUCCUCCACAGUAGAAACAUUUGCUAAUUUGAAGGCUCUUUUUUUCAGUCUUUGUUCUCAGUUGUACAUCAAAGAACACCUAUAAUGUUUUAUAAUU